AUGGCUGGCGCUGUGCUCAUAACAGCGAUGGCAGUCGUAUUGCUGCUUUUCUGGUACUUUACGACGUCUACAUACUCGGACGGCGAACCUAGACCAAUUCCACAUCGGGUGCCCAUUCUCGGCCAUGCCAUGAGCUUUGCUCGAGACCGAAGGACUUUGGUAGCACAAUCAAUUGUCCAGAGUAAAAACGAGCCGUUCACGUUGCUGAUCGCUGGGACGAAACACUAUGUUUUUAACAAGUCGGCAGAGUUUACUGAAGUUUUCAAGAACUCCAAGACUCUUGACAGUGUGGGAUUCCUGAGGCUUGUGAUGAGGAACUUGUUCGGAAUCAAUGCUACCGAUGCCGAGGCAUUUGUGGCUGGCAGUGUGAAGCCGAUUCUGCACGACGUCAACUCGAUGUACUUGCUCCGCAACGAGAACAACGCCGUGACUGCAGUGGCCUACUUUGAUGAAGUCCGACAGGCGGUGGAGCGCUUUGACAAGACGCUGGCCCAGAGCGACACCAAAAGGAUUACCAAAGACGUCUUGCUCAUCAUCGCGCAUUUUCAAAGCGAACCAACAACGAAUGCGUAUUUUGGAAAGCUGGUUCUAGAUGUCGACCCCAAGAUCCUGGACGCCCUCAACGUGGUCAACAAGUACGGCUUUUGGUCUUUGCUGUUUGGAGUCCCACGGUUUCUGGCCCCAAAACCAUACAGAGCUCGAGACCGUAUAGUUCACGCUUUGAGGAUACUCGUCGAUGCCAUAAAUGCGAGAGACGGAGUUGCUUCACCGUACAUCGAGAGCCGAGUUCGGCAGCUGCUGGCUCAUGGCCUGUGUAGAGACACAGUUGCCAAGGACGUGUUGAGCGUCUUCUCUGGUGUCCACUCGAAUUCAAUGCCCACCGCAUACUGUACGCUAGUCGAACUGAUGGAACAUUCAGAGCUCAUUCCAGUCUUCCGAUCAGAGCUUCAGGAAGCCGGUUACAUGGUCACAUUGCCGGAGGACCAGGUGAGCAUCUUUCCUGACAAGGUCCCUCGAAUGCGGUCCUUCCUACAUGAGGUACUGCGCACCCAUAACAACGGCACCGCAUUCCGCGAGGUCCUGAAGGAUACCACGUUGCUGGCAGCAGGUCGGACGUGGCAACUGAAGAAGGGCGCCGUGGUUGACCUGCCAAACUCUCUGCUGUGUGCAACUGAGACUAUCCACCCAGAACCCAACAAGUUUGUCGCGAAUAGAUUCCUGGACAAGAGCUUGGGGGGCUGGGGCGAGAACUUUACGAAGACGGUGAAGCCGUUCGGUGGGGGCGUCAGCUUUUGUCCGGGGAGAGUCUUUGCAGAGAAGCAGAUUCUCGCUUUUCUGGCGGCAUUGAUAGAGCACUACGACCUCGAAGUUGUGACCACACCAUACAAGACCCCGCGGAACUCGGACGUUGACGAAGUGUUAUGGUCUCCAGCUAUCGAGAUUGAGAUAAGGAAGAGAACAUGA